AUGAGUUUGGAGUUUGAAAGAAUAAAAUUUAUAAUUCCCAGUUUAGAAAAAUUUAUAAUUAUGGUAAAGCUAUGAAUUUAAACUAGGAUUUUAACAAAAAGAUAGCCUUGCAAGAUUUGAAAUUUACAUUUAAAAAUGUUCUGAAAAUAGAUUCAUUUUCAAAAUAACUUUAAUAUUUUAUUUCUAAAGGUUUUCAUUCAAUUUAAUUAAACUCUCACAAAAGUUUAAAUGAGUAAGCCAUCUAGAAUUUUUAUUAAAAAGAAAAGAAUCUCUUAGAAAUUAUCGUAAAAUUUUAUGAAGAAGGAGCACGAUAAAAUACUUGA